AUGCAUGACAACAACUCGGCCCAGAAAUUAAAACACCACAUGUGCUCUACUGACGGAGUUAUCCAUGAUCAACGCCGAUGUAGGCAUUUCCAGGAGAACAUGCGGUCCGCCACGGCCCAAAAGAGGCUUGACUUACACCACCGAGCUUUGGCGUUGAUCACACGGCUCUUACAAUACAACAGGCAACCACGCUGCGGUAUUGUCAAUGGCAAAAUUUCAGGCAGUCAGUCAGCCAAAGACACGAGACCAGUGAUGCAGUGCCAUCUAAUGCCAUCGGCUCAUGCCGCCAGCUCCAUCACCAAAUCGCCUGUUCAACGACCCAGCGCGGGCCGCCGUAUGCCGUGA